GUUGAACUUCGCAUUGAGCUCCGAUUGAGCAUUGCACCUUCAUAACAUGGCUUUUGCGCCGCUGCUACGGCAGCAUGUUCUGCCCCUAGCUGGCCUCACAACCGCCCUCGUCGUCCUGCCGAAACGCAAUGCCUAUGCAGAAGAGCCCAUUUCAGACCCUCUCAAGGACAUUCGACGAAAGCCAAUCUACGAAUCGCCCUCAGAAGAGCUCGCGCGCAAAGUAGCCAUUACUACACCUCCCCCAGCCUCCGGCAUAACCGAAAAGCCCCAAGAAGAGAAAGAGCAACGACGAAGAGGCCCGACACCAACGGAUAGACUCGCUGAGCAGAUCAAAGGCUCGCGAUUAGCUCUCCAUGGAUAUGCUGUCAAGGCAGAGGAUGCGGUCAACAAGGGCAUGAACCGCUUCAUGGAUGCCGAGCACUCCUUUACCCAGACUAUCGCCUCGCUCGCGCCUCCGAAAGAGAGCAACGAAAAACUCCUCCCCGGCGGCAUUUACGUUCUCGUCGCAGCCAUGGCAGGAUCGAUAAUCAGCAGAAACCGAAAUAUCCUUCUCAGAUUUUCGACGCCCUUAAUCACCGGCGUAGUCGCAGCCCAUUACGUGAUACCCCGAACAACAGAAAAUGUCGGAAACCUCAUUUGGCACUACGAGAAGAAGUUCCCAGUUGUAGCAGACAACCACACCAGAGUACGGGAUGGCAUCAAGCAUUUCAUUGAGACUGGCAAGGCGCAUAGCCAGAUGGGAUUGGCCAUGGCACAGGACAAGGUGCAGGAGGCGAGAGAAAGCGUGCAGGACUGGGUGAAGAAGGGCAAAUGAAUGUAUAGAUGAGCGAAGAUGCAUGCGGUGCUAGCCUUCGUGAGUGCAGAAGCUGUCGUAAUUCAGCCUCACGCAUAG